UGAUCGGAAAACGGCUUGGGGGGAUGAAAGUAUAUAGUCUAAAGUACAAAAAAACGUGAAAAAAAAAAUUUUGAUUUUUUGAAAAAAAAGAUCGGGAAUACCCCCUUAACUUAGUGACGUUUCAGUGACAUCGUUCGAUAUUUAGUGAAUUUCCUCAACGCGGCUCUCUUGAUCGAUUUCAACUUCUUCAAUUCGUUCGUCUGCCAAGGGAGGUGCGAUGCAAUCUGGUGAACGCUCUUAGGUACGUGUCUGUCAAUGACAUAAGCCAAGACAUGUGAAAAAGUUUGAGCAGCGGCUUCGACGUUAUCAAAAUCGAGUAUGUUUUCCCAAUCAAUGCUUGACAUCACAUCGGCAAUGCUACGAUGAUCGGCUUUCCGGAAAUUGUAAGACACCGUAGUGGAGAUGUCUUCGAGACCCCGAAUGUGAUUGUCUUCUACAGUAAUAACCAAAGGAGGAUGACGAGGAACUUCCUUUACGAGUGGAAAAGCCGACGAGAUGAAUGGAGUCGUAUCCUGAGCGCUUACGAAACAGAGGUCUAAGCUACGAUUGUUCUCGUUUACCACGGGAUUGAUUUGAGAUAACGUCGCUGCGCUAUAGCUGUCGAGAAGGCUAACUGAUCCAGGAUGGAAAGCAGAACCAGCGAGGUCCGGAAAGAGAAAGCCACUGUGGGAAGGUUUCCACGAAACACCAGCGAGAUUAAAGUCGCCCAGAACAAUAAUCUCAUCGAUAGGUGACGCAAAAUCUAAUAUGGUGGAAACGGAUCGACAAUGAGUUUCGAUAAGUUCAAUGUCGCGAACUCGGUCGGGUGCAAUUUAUAUCAUACAUAAGUACAGUGUGUGAUCGCUCAGCUUGACAGCUACCCAUGCCUGUUGAACGCAGUUCCACAUGUCGUGCUUUAUGGCUCUAGCAUUCAACUCGGACCGAACAGCAAUCAGGACACCACCACCAGUGGACUUUCGACUAUUGUUCGGGUUUCGAUCGCAGCGAAAUACCUCGUACUCACAUCCAAACGCUUGGCUGGAAAGCGUUCGAGAGUCUAGCCAUGUCUCGAUUUUUUUUACUUAUAUUACGAAAUUAAUCUAUUUGCUGGUCCCUCUUUUUUCAUGCAUAAUGGAACAUUAUUUCCAUCUGGACGGGAGGUUGUCGCAUUAAUGGCCCUUCGCUCAUUUUCAACUUCUAUUCAAUUUUCAUACUGCCGUACUCUACCCUCUUCUAAAGAUCAUAAGAGAUGAACUAGCCUAUGGCAAAAAAUCUCUUUAAUAAAGAAAAACAAAAAAUAAAGAUCAUUCUCUAGUUAAUAAAUUAUAACACUAAAGUUUCAUGUUAGCAUUUCCAACCAACUCUAAAUUUGAUAUUUUGAUAUAUAUUUUGCCUACCGACAAUCCCUGGGCUUUGGAAAAACCUUGAGGUAGUUUAAUUAGGCUACCAGGUCCCAGGGCUGAUCUGGAUCUUUACCACAUUGGAAAGAUGCACACUAGUGUUGCCAGAUCAGUGUUGAUGCUUACCAAAAGUGCAUUUGAACCCGCUUAUAAAAGCAUAUUAACAGAUUAAUCAUCAUUGUUCGGUAGCGAGAUCCCCACUCAGCUACAACUCUGGUCAUCACUAUCCGCAGCUAGCCACCACAAUAGUCUGUCUGUGCAACCGCCGGCGGAGUUGUUUACGUCUGGGCUAUUGUUCUGGACCCUUAUGUACCACACCAUGAGGAUAGACGAUAUCGAUCGACAAGCAAACUUAUUGUUCUCAUGUAUUUCUGUAAGGCUAGGGUUAGGUAGUAGAAAGAUCCAAUGUGAUCUAAACGGAGUAGAAGAGCGGACGAUCACGACCGACGAGAGUGUCGACCUGGCUUGCCAGACCAUCGACCAUCGGGAUCCGUGACGUCACGUCUCUCGCAACAGAUCAGCUUCUCUGGAUCUGUUGCAUUGCUCUAAAUUAAAACCGAUCGGCAGUUGCGAACAGGUCAUCGGACGGACCACUGGUUACGGUCAUACGGUCGCGGUAAACCGCAUAUUUGUAUUCCUUUGUGUAGUCUAGUUAGUUAAGUCGAUUAAUAAAUGUAGUGUCCGUCGAGGUGUCCGUUAGUUUGUGUUUAUAAUAAAUCAUGCGUUUUGAUGUUGUGAUUACGUGAGUGAGUUUUCUGGAAUCAAGUGAAGAAUUCCAACUAUCAAGGGAGAUUCGGAAGGACAAGUGCACACACUCGCCGUUAAUUUCCUUUCGGCUGAUUGACGGACAAAUGAUCGUUCCUGCUGCUGCAUGCUUCUGUGUUGGACCCCUGAAAAUCAACUGCUAUUGAAGGUGAGACGGUUCAGGGCACAACAUAUGGUCCUUCGAGCCGGAUCAUUGGACUCCGGUAGACGACACUGGAACGAAGCCAUCGCGAAGGCAAGCCAAAGCCUUGCUAGAAACCGCCACAGUAUUGUGUGCCAUUGUACCAUUGUCCGCGAGCCACAAACAUCUCAGCCAUCGCGGAACGCUGGAAAGCUGGAACAGCAAUUUGGUGCUGGACUGCGCCAUUGCUCUGGACGUCUAUUGAAGACUGGCGCUGGGCUGCGCCAUUGCCUUUGGAAAGACUGUGAGGAUUAUCGCGCCAUUGGACACACUACACGAAACGCUGGGACUGCAUGAGAGUCGAUUCACCUUCGAGACUGCAUCACAUACAUCGGACGGACGGUCGCUGUAUGGUAUACUGAAACAGCACGACUUCCUGGUUUCACAGGUAAGCAACCCUUAGCUCAGUAUAUGUCACGGCCGAAGCCAAUCUCGAAUCGAUUCUAAUCCCGCCAUUUCGAUUUUACCUGACCUGUUCCGGAACUCAACCGAGUACGACGAGUGAAUUGAAUCGACACCCACUAGAACAACGGUGCACCAGGACUACUACGUGCAUGAAUUCUGCGGUUCACAGUCCGAUCGUCUUUUGGAAUCGGUCACGGAUCGAUCGUCUACUGGACUGACUGAAUUUGCGGAACGAUCGCUUGAGGAGGCACACCUAUCGAAGAGGCAGCGCAACCGGUUUUCUGGCCAGGUAAACUAUAAAAUUUACAGUAUAUGCCACGAAGCUAGGCUCAGAAAUACACGUAGUAAAUUUAUAUUAUCCUCUUCAAUUGAUUGUGCCUGCAUCCCUGAUCCUGUUUGAGCAUUACGACGAAUUCAAAUUGACUCGUUGAUGAAUUGAUCGAUCACGCCUUGGACCAUUCGUGAAUAACAAAUUUGAUAGUUGAAAUCACCAUUACGUACCACUCCUUCCCCUCCCGGCGUUGGCCUACGCAGCUGUUUGUUUCUCCAGGUGAGAUAAACAGUAUAUGGCCAGCCGUGGCCAGGUUCUCUUGAUGCUACAUAACUCUUUGUCCUCCUCUCACUGACGCAACCCAUGUGAACUUACUGACGCAAUCCGUGCGAGUUAUCUGCUGAGAUCGUUGUUGAUGCUUGAUUCUCCUCCGCUACGCUAGCAUUGAUCCUCUAUCGACUUGGGCAACGUACUACAACUGUUUCUGCCAGGUAAAUAACACUGGACAGUAUAUGCCCUACCGAAGCUAGGAUCAAUCUCUGCAUACUACAUAGCGCUUUCUUUGUGUACCUCUGACUUAUCGCACCAUGCCUGUUUCGUCAUCAUCGAGGACGAAGACGAUGUCCCUGAAGCCAUUAAUUACGAAACUGAGGGAGUACCAAAGUUCCUUCAAUGAUAUUUGGGAGUUCGUUGAGGAUGUUCCGACAGAUGUUGUUGCGUCGGAUAUGUCCAUACGUUUGGAGAGACUCGAUGAAUUGAGGGUGAAAAUCGAGGAAUCUUUGAUUGAGGUGAAAUCACACGUUAGUUACAGUGACGAGAAAUAUCCGCUCGACGAUGAGAGAAAAGAGUUCAGCACGCGUUAUUACAAAGCGAAAUCGUUUCUCAUGGAAAAGCUCAAGGAGCUACAGGGGACUGCAAUUCCCGAGCAAUCGUUUCGAGCUACAGCUUCGACGACUGCUGGCAAUCUCGAUCACGCUCGCUUACCAUAGAUAAGGUUGCAAUCAUUCAAUGGAGACAUAAACGAGUGGUUAAGCUUCCGCGAUCUGUUCACUUCGCUUAUCCACUUUCGAACAGAUCUGCCAGAAGUUGAAACAUUUCAUUACUUGAAGGGAUGUCUACAAAGGGAGCCUAAAAGCCUCAUAGACCCGAUACAAAUUACCAAAACCAACUAUCAAGUAGCCUGGGAUAUGCUCGUCUCGCGGUACAGCAACAGUAAGCAGCUUAAGAAACGCCAGAUACAAACACUCUUCGAUCUACCUACGCUGGCUAAGGAAUCAGUUGCUGAUUUGCACAAGCUGGUGGAAGGUUUCCAACGUGCCGUACAAACAUUAGAUCAAAUAAUUCAACCUGUGGACUACAAGGAUCUCUUGUUGGUCAAUCUUCUCAUCUCGCGGUUGGAUCCUGUGACAAGACGAGGGUGGGAGGAAUCCUCGGCAAGCAAAGAUCAGGAAACGCUCAAGGAUUUGACAGAAUUUCUCCAGCGACGUAUUGGAGUUCUAGAAUCGUUGCCAGCACGGACGACAGACUUCAAGGGAUUGCAGAAACCAUCGUCAUCGUCAGCUUCGGUGAAACAACGAUUGCCGAUCGUGAAGACAAGCUUCAACACAGUCCAGGAACCUCGGAAGGGCUGCGUUAGUUGUUCGGCAGAUCAUCUCCUAUUCCAAUGCCAGGUUUUCCAGCGAAUGGCUUCAUCCGAUAAGGAAGCGUUGCUGCGUUCUCAUGGUCUGUGCCGAAACUGCCUCAAACAAGGUCACCAGGCAAGGGAGUGUCGAUCGAAAUUCUCGUGUCGGAAGUGUACGGGACGCCAUCAUACGCUUGUCUGCUUCAAACCAGAUGCGAAGGGUGGAGCUGCUUCGAAAACCACUAGCAAUGAAUCUUCCAAUCAUCCAGAUGGACCAGAUGGAGAUGCUUCAUCACCCCAGGUGGCAAACAUGGCAGCCACCGACGUUACAAUUUCUACGUCGUCCAAUAGUUACUCGUCGCAAGCACUGUUGGCAACUGUUGUCCUUAUCAUCGAGGAUGACCACGGCAAUCAAUAUCCAGCACGAGCUCUUCUGGAUUCAGGAUCGGAGAGCAACUUCGUUACUGAGCAGUUGGGUCAACGACUGAAGGUAGCCCGAGAAGCUGUGAGCAUUUCCGUCGUUGGAAUUGGUGAAGCAGCAACCAAGGCAAAGCAGCGAAUCCAAGCAGUGGUGCGAUCGAGAGUUUCAGGCUUCUCUCGAGAACUAAAUUUCCUGGUAUUACGAAGAGUGACCGCAAAACUACCCACGAUUUCCAUCGACACUACGGGAUGGAAAAUUCCACAAGGCAUCGAAUUGGUAGAUCCGACGUUCUUUGUAUCGAGGAAUGUGGACAUAGUGCUUGGCAUUGAGGCGUUCUUCGAAUAUUUCGAGACGGGUCGUCAGUUAUCGCUGGGCAAACAGCUACCAAUGCUAACCGAAUCGGUAUUCGGAUGGGUAGUCUGCGGAGGAACUCGAUUAGCUGGUCGACAGCCGAUCACUUGUAACGCGUCGGCUUCGAAUGAUCUGGAAGAGAUGGUGGCUCGAUUUUGGUCCUGCGAGGAGGUCGAGUCAUCACGGGCCUAUUCACCAGAACAAACUCGCUGCGAAUCACUGUUCACCCAGGCAGUACAACGUGACGCAGAUGGACGAUAUACUGUUCCAAUACUGAAGGAUGGAGACGAAUUUCAACGGCUGGGCGAGUCAAGGGACAUAGCCUUUCGACGUCUCCAAGGCACGGAACGAAGGCUGGCAAAGGAUGCCAGUCUACUGUGGCAAGAUCGGACUUUCGGAUUUAUCCACUAUAGUCUUAGACAGUUGAAAGUAGAAUGUGAGUUUAUUUUACCGGGUUCUUCAAAUGUAAACUAGCAUGGAGGGAAACGACACGUUAGGCUGUUUUGUAAACUAUUUGGCGUACAUACGCGCGGAAUUUAUUGUGUACAUAUGGUAGCACUUAAAUGGUCUCAAAAUAAGGAAAAGGAAAAGGUUUUGGUGCUGACUCAGUGUUUUCUCAGUAGGUUAAGAAUUUGGGUAAUUGUUUCUAUGUCAAGCUGAGUGAGUAUUUAAUUUAUGAUGUGUAAUGGAAUUAUACUUCCCAUGUGAUGCAUGGUCCGUAGUAAGGGAUAAGGAAUUAUUCAAAAGGGUAAUUUGUUGAGGUUAGUAUUACUACACUACGGCAACAGUAUACAGCUUUCAUGGACGAAUACCUCGCAUUAGGCCACAUGCGUAAAGUAGACGAAUCACAAGAGACGGUUAAGCGCUGUUACCUACCGCAUCACCCGGUGGUCAAGGAGGCUAGCACCACCACCAAGGUUCGCGUUGUCUUCGACGCGUCCUGUAAGACGUCUACAGGUAUUUCGCUCAACGAUACGCUACAUGUUGGACCUGUAAUACAGCAGGAUCUACGGUCAAUCAUAUUGCGCUGUCGGAUAAAGCAAAUCAUGCUGGUGUCUGACAUCGAAAAAAUGUUCCGUCAGAUCAACAUGCGACCAGAAGACAGACCACUGACAUGUAUUCUCUGGCGGCCUCGUCCAACCGAUGAGGUCACGACGUACAAGCUUGGCACAGUUACGUACGGAACCAAAUCAGCACCGUUCCUGGCAACGAGGACGCUGCAUCAGCUUGCGACGGAAGAAGAAGAUCGAUUCCCGCUGGCAGCGAAGACAAUCCGCGAAGACACGUAUAUGGAUUCACCGAUUUACCGAUUUUUAUACAUCAUCUGAUAGAGCUUCGUUUUCUGAGCACGAUAUUUUUAUCGAUCCCGUAGACAUUCAUCUCGAUUCUUAAAUCAAGAUUUAAAUUUUUGAUCGUUGACACUAAAUCUAUUCGUUGACAGCUCACGUCCAUACAAAGUCCCACCAAGGGGCGCAAAGAUGGUGAUUUUUGCUAAUGUAGUCGUACUCAUUUAAAACAGUUCCAGUGUUCCAAGAAUCAUGAAAUUUUGGAUUUCGGUUCCAUUUUUAAUGCAGAUAACGAAUAUGUAUUUCCCUCCCCUUGGCUAGUUUUUAACCUGGACGUUGGUGGGCGGGCCUAAUCUUAUGCAUCAUAGUGGCUCCACUAUGAAGAGACGGUUGGUUUAGGUCCGGCAUCGUUGGCUCAUGCCGUGGCAGAAUAGCGUUAUGAGCAUGCGAUGAGGAUUACUGAGCCUCCCCUCUCUGAUGAACCACUGCAUGAGAGAACCAAAGAUCUAGUCUAGCAGUGAUAGUAUCACACUUGUUACUCCUUUGUUUGAGAGAAGCGUCGUAGCACGCUUACGUAUAGGCACUGACGUUGGGUGCGAUACUGGCGGGUUUUCCGCAAAUCACUCUUAUUUUAUUUAUUUUUACACAGAUAGAUUUAUUUGGAAUUAUACUAUUGAAAUGUUUCAGAAAGUGCCCAACAGUGCUCCUUCUACUUGCGUGACAAGCUUUCAUUGUUGUUUUCAUUAAGGCAUUGCUCAGUGUUAAACACCUCUUUUUACAUGGUAUUGUAACUAAUCUUAUAUAUGCUUCAUUUUGGUUUGGGAUAAGUGUUCGAACUAUGGCUCGGGAUUUCCACUGUAGCGUGCUUCUAUUGUGACAUAUCCAUGCGUAAUUUUGUGGGACGACAGUGGAAACAUGUGAGCGUAGUUGGAGCAUAUACCAUAUAUAAUUUUAAAAUCAGCUAGGAAACUAACAUCAAAGUUAAGCAUUUUAGUCACUUGAAGGUGUCACCUGGGACGAACUAAUAUAUAAUAAAUAUAGGUCAAAGUCCCUGUCCAAGGAUGAGGGGUUUGAUGAUGAUAAGUCAAGUGUCGCUAUGAUUUUUUUUUUGCAAUUUGUUAAAAUUGUAGUUUUUCUCCAGUUCAUUGAUUUGAAAGGUUCAUGCGAGUUAAUUUCACGGAGCCGUAAAUUGUAGUUUUAUCAUAAUUUUAAUAUUAGCAUAAAAUAAAAUAGUAAUUUUAAAUUCGCUUUUGCAAUGCUAAGGUAAAUAGUUUGCUUUGAGUGUAAAGUUAAUUUAUAAGAAAGUUAUAACAGUUUUUUGCACUUCGAAACUUGACGGGUCAUACAUUUAACAUAGUAGCAGUGACAGUGUCGCAUGUCCUAACAACAACUGCCUGCGACUAGUGUUCGAGGGGCCGACAGGGCUGAAUACGGGUCAAUACUAACAAAAUUCUAACACUAACAUGACCCCGAAACUAACGUUCAUCCAUUGCACUAAUAGUUUGUAGUUGUACUUUCCUAAUAACCCAUCUAUCACAGACAAACAGACAUAACACUCGCAGGUUGUUCAUCGAAUACGCAUUUGACGGUCAAUUUGAGUGUUUUUGGUUGGUGAUGCCGCCACCUGUGGCGCGCACGGUCGGUUCCCUUGCGUUUGACGUCUGCACACUAGCGCCAUCUGUUCAGCGUACUAUCCAUCACAUGAUACUCAACACAUGGCGGUAGUGUUUUAGUGACUAUGUAUUGUGGAGAGAAAUAUUAAAUGUGU